AUGUUGACAGUCAAAGAAAAUUUUGACAGAAAGUUCUCAAAACUCGAAGAAGGUAAAGCAUACAAACUUGUUAUACCUUAUGAACCAAAGAAAGCAGACGACUAUGAAUAUUAUGAGUCUAAGAUAGUUGAAGUUCAAGGUAAAUUGGGUAAAAAGAUUUUAGAGUCUAAGCCAGUGUUUGCUCCUAAAGAGGAAGAGAACAUUGACAUUGACCCAGAAAUGUUCUAA